AUGAUCGUCACGAAGCCGGUGGACGUGCCGGGCCCAGCGCGGCGGCAGGCGGGCGUGGCGCGCGGGUCUGCCGUGAGCUACGCGUCGGCGUUGCUGCACCGCUCGUCCUGCCAAACCGGAGCUGCUGCCGCGCCCAAGGCCGCCGGCCCGCACCCACCCUCACAUCUCGACGCGCUUAGGCCGCAGCCACAGAAGAAGCCCGAGCAGCCAAUGCCGCCGCAGCAGCAGCGGCCGCAGGCGGUACUGCAGUGGCCCUCGCUGGGCCGACAGUCGCAGGAGCCGUCGCAAGCCCAGUCAGCAGCGCAGGGGGCAGUACAGGCUGUGCGACAGGCAGAGUCGCAGGAAGGGUCGCAGGCAGUAGGCCCGCAGCCAGCGAACGACCACGAGUUCGACUUCGACGACGUCUUCGGCCCGUCGCCCGCAUCUUCCGGGCGGCUGUCGUCUUCCAGCAGCUUCGACUCGUCGCACGACGCGUCGUCCGGUCGCCUGGCGACGGCGAGCGGUCGCAAUCUUCGCACGGUGGCGGAGAUGGACGAGGACGACCUGGCGAGCUGGAUGGCCGACGAGCAGCUCGCGGAUCGCGCGGCGGGCAUGGCGGGCGAGGAGCCGCCGGAGGUGAUCACGCACCGCUCGCACUCGCUUGUGGGACCCGCGCCCAUCACGCCGCGGCAGAGCGUCGCGCGAUCCAGCAGCCGCCGCUCGUCGCUGGACGAACCGGACAGUGCGCGACCGUCGCUGAUGGGAACAUCGCCGUGCGUGCGAUCGAUGGAGUCGCCGAGGAAGGCCGUCGCACGUGUGAUGUUGGAUGCUGGGAUGGCGGCCGAUGGGAGAGAGGGGGCAGCCGCAGCAGCGGCCGAGGCAGGAGCAGGAUCGGAGGGCGGUAGGGACAGUGAUGCGAGGGGCGCGAUGGAGGCGAGGGAGGAGGGGGGAGCGGCGGAGAAGGCGGACAAGGUGGGGCCGGAAGACUUCGAGCUGCUGCGAGUGGUGGGGCAGGGCGCCUUCGGCAAGGUCUUCCAGGUGCAGCACCGGUGGACGGGCGAGAUAUUCGCGAUGAAGGUGAUGAAGAAGCAGCGCAUCCUGGAGCGCAACCAGCGCGACUACAUGCAGGCGGAGCGCGACAUCCUCACCAAGGUCGUGCACCCCUUCGUCGUGCAGCUGCAGUACUCCUUCCAGACGAGCGCAAAGCUGUAUCUGAUUCUCGACUUCAUCAACGGCGGUCACCUCUUCUUCCAGCUCUACCGCCACGGCACCUUCAGUGAGGACUUGGCGCGCAUCUACACGGCGGAGCUGGUGCUGGCCGUGGGGCACCUGCACGCACGGGGCAUCAUGCACCGUGACCUCAAGCCCGAGAACAUCCUGCUCGACUCCGAUGGCCAUAUUAAGCUGACGGACUUUGGGCUGGCGAAGGAGGUGAGGGAGAGCGAUGCGCGGAGCAACUCGCUGUGCGGCACCAUGGAGUACAUGGCGCCCGAGAUCAUCCAGGCGCACGGCCAUGGCUUCCCCGCCGACUGGUGGAGCAUCGGCGUGCUGCUCUUCGAAAUGCUCACCGGGCAGCCACCGUUUUCAGGCGGCAACAGGCAGAAGCUGCAGCAGCGCAUCGUGAAGGAGAAGGUGAAGCUGCCACAGUACCUCACCAGCGAAGCUCACUCGCUGCUCCGCGGGCUGCUCCAGAAGGACCCUGCGAAGCGGCUGGGCAGCGGGGCGCGGGGGGUGGAGGAGAUCCGCGGGCACAAGUGGUUCCGCGGGGUGCACUGGGGGCGCCUGGAGGCGCGCGAGGUGGUGCCGCUGUUCCGCCCCACGGUGAUGGGCGGCAAGCGGUGCACGGCCAACUUUGACGAGAUGUGGACGCAGAUGCCCGUGCACGACUCGCCCGCCGGCACGCCCACCAUGCACGGCGCCGAUGCCCUCUUCCGCAACUACACCUUCACCGCCGCGCCGCCCGCCCUUUCCACCGUUGACAGCGACAGCGAUGGCGAGGUGGGCAGCGGCGAGUCGGAGGAGAGCGAGGAGGGAGAGGAGGAGGGGGAGGGAUGCGAGGGGGAGGAGCAAGUGGUGGAGAGGCAGUGA